CCUGCUGAACCGGAUGUGAUUCCUGCUCCGUCUCAGUGUAGUCGUUGCACGGGCAAUGGCGGACGAAGCCUGAGUAUUUGUCUGAGAAAACGUACGUUUUGUACAAAUAUACUCGAAUAUCGAUCGGUCAGUCAAAGCGUUUAGCUCGUACGUGUGUUACUGGCCCUGACCAGAUCUUCGUCCAUCAGUAUGGAUGUGAAUUUGACCAUCUCUCUGAUGCGGGGCCAGAUGGGCGCUGUUAUUGAAAAAGCCGUGAACGUCGCGGUGGAGACCGUGUUAGGAGAGAUGAUCCGAGUGGUCGGGCUCAAAUUUGAGGAGAUUAAGCGAGAAAUGACAGCUAAAGAGAAGGAAAAUGAGAACAUCAGAAGGAUGUUGGAGACGUCCCGCUGUCAAAUGAAAACUAUGCGCAAGUACAUCGGCGUCCUGGCUGCUAAAGACCCCAACAAUAGACUUUAUCAGGGAGAUGGAGACAUGGCACCAUCCAUAGGGGUGCACUGCAGAAGAGGGCCGACGAGCACUGUGUCAGUGUGUGCCAAAUCCCCGAACCCCUGUCCCAGACCUAGAGGAACUGAACCAGCCCCUGUUGCUGGACCCUCAUGGUUGAAACAGCAGAUGCACUUGUCCAAAGAAACAUUAAGAAGUGAGAAUCACAUUGCUGAUGUCCAUAUUGAAGAAAUCCAUGGACCAUCAGUUCAUAAAGUUGAGAACUCAAGCCCUCAUCUGGUGGACAGUCAGGCUCUUCUGUCUGAGACCAGUGAUCCAAUAUGGGGUCAGAACUCUCUCGCCUCAGAGACUGGGCACACAGACAUGCCGGACAGCAGCGUCCUCUCUGCAUCCAUGAUGGUAGAUGAAGCUGUGUCAUCCCAAACUGCAAGCACAAUGACCUUUGGAGCACCAUCGCUUAAAAUCAAACAGGAGGAGGCAGAGGUUGAAAUAGUCUGUGUGAAGGAUGAACCCGCAGAAGCUGGCAAUGUACCUAGGUUUGAAUAUUCCAGCGCUGACCUUCACCAGCAAGUUGGAGAACCAGAGCUCGGGGUCUCACUAGAUCUACCCGCAUCAUUUCAAGCUCUACAGAGUCCAGGCACUUCAGCAGACCAUGCAAUCCCACCAUUCAUCAGUGUGGACCCAUCUACCUAUGACGACUCUCAGCUAUCUGUGGCAGGGGUCCAAAAGCAAGUACGUCCGAGACGUAAGGACCUGAAUCUCUACGAAGAAUACAAACGCAGCCGGACUCUAAGAGGCCGUAACACGAACCGAGGCCGUACUACAAACCGACGGCGUGAGCUGGAGCAGACUCUACCGCAGGCUCUACUUGCAGACUUGGUAAGGGAACGAAGGGAAAAGACCCGUCUUCGAGUAGCCCGCUGGCGUGCCAAACGCAAAUUACAAGCCUGUCUGAUGGCCUCGCAGGCCGUGCAAUUUAGCGGCGCUCCUGUGCAGAGUUCACCUGCCCAGCGCGGCGGCCUGAUCUCCACCCGCAGGCGAGGCGGAGCGACGGCGCAGCGUGGUGGGCUUGGAAUGAGAAGGGGACUGUCAGAGACUGGUACAUACAACCUGCUAUUGCAGCUGGGUCCAAGUCCUAAUCAAGCAGCAGCGACACGUGGCAUGAAUGAGGGUCUGAUGCCGUCUGGCUCCUCACCGUUAUCACAGCACAGAACCACCGCACCUAGACCAACUUACCAAUGAUGCAGCGUUUACGUCCAGGCGGAAACACAGUCUAAUACGUAAUGGCGGCGCUGGGUUGUGGUUGUUGUCAUUUUAAAGGAUAAGAAAUUUAAGAACAAAAAUUUACAGAUAAUUUACUCACCCCCUUGUCAUCCAAGAUCUUCGUGUCUUUCUUUUUUUUUCAGUCGAUAAGAAAUUGUUUCUCGAGGGAAAAAAAAAAAUCAGGAUUUUUCUCCAUAUAGUGGAGUUCAAUAGUGCCCCCUAGUUUGAACUUCCAAAAUGUAGUUUAAAUGCAGCUUCAAGGGGCUCUAAACGAUCCCAGCCGAAGAAGGAGGGUCUUAUCUAGCAAAACGAUUGGUCAUUUUCUAAACAAAUGGACAAUUUUUAUACUUUUUCACUUAAAACGCCCAUCUUGUCUAGGUUUGAGUAAACUCUGGGUCAAUACAGUUAGGGAAUGUCGAAAAAUUCUCAUCUCGUUUUCUUCCCAAACUUCAAAAUAGUUCUACAUCACUGCAGAAGUACCGAGCCAGAGUUUACAAAGUGAACACGCAAAAAACAUCAAAGACCCUUUACAAAAAAGGUAAAACAGCGAUGUAGGACGAUUUUGAACUUGGAGGAGAAAAUGAGAUGGGAGUUUUUUGACCUACCCUAACUGUAUUGACCCAGAUCACACAGACUAAUCGUUGAGAGGAGAAAAGACGAGCAUUUGAGGUUAAAAAAUAUAUAAAUUUUCAGUUUGUUUCGAAAAUGACGAUUUUUUCGCUAGAUACAACCCUUUUCCUCGGCUGGAAUUGUUUAGAGCCCUUUGAAGCUGCAUUUAAACUGCAUUUUGAAGAAAGACAGACAUCUUGGAUGACAAGGGUGUGAGUAAAUUAUCUGUACACUACAUUUUUGUUCUGGAAGUGAACUUCUCCAUUCAUGGUUAAUAAACAAUAUUUUGCAAAGUGAGGCACUAUUUUCCUAAUACUAUAAACUCGAAAACAAAACUGCCUAACGUUACUGAUCUGUGCACGGCAUUCAAAAACA